AUGAGAAUAGACGCAAGCGAAGGUGUUCUAACGCGCGAUUGGAAUGCAGUAAAUGGAAGAAAAGCCAUCCCACUUAUUAUCUCCCCAGACCGCUCUUUCAGUGGGCCCACAAUUUACCUCUUACACCAGCAAUCUCUCAUGCAGUUUGUGUCGGCAGAUGAUGAAUACGCUUCGUUUGUGUCUCUGGCUCCGGUGGACAUUUUUAAAGUCCCCUAUGUAGAUAAUUGUACUGAAGCCGUCUACAUCGCAUCUGAAAUGACCCAGGUCUACAAGAUUGCCCCAAGUCCUCUGAAACGCAAAUUGCGACUUUUGAGUGAAAUUCGACUACUUGCCCUCGUGAAUCAAUCGUUGCUAAAAAAACUGCCCUCAAUUAAAUGUUGCCGGGUCAUGGGUCUUAUCACCUCUCAUGGCUUUGUUCGCUUCGUUCAAGUUGUUCUGGCCAAGGGGGACAACCUGUCUAGUGUACUCGCCCUCUCAUCUCGCGACGCCCCCUGGGCUUUCAGUACACAUCAAAGCGAACAGGAGGAGAAGGAGGAGGUGGAGGAAGAAGAGGAGGCCUGUCAACCGGAACGGCGGCAGCGCCUGCUGGCCGAAUCGCCCCUCCUUUUGGCAGGCUGCGGCGGCAUCGGACAGGUGUGGCUGCCUUUCACUAGAGCGGGUGGCAUUGUCUGGGCUUGCAACAUCCCACUUUGA